AUAACGAUCCCAAAGUCAGGCAACCAAAUUCUCCGGCCCCAAAAACAAAAGCUCCCGAGUUCACGUUCCGGUGGAAAUGGAAGGGAGCGAAAGGCAAAGCAGCGACACUCACACGUCGUCGUAUAAAGUACUAGUCGCCGUGAAUGCAGAGAAGGCGAUCUCCAAAACCGCAUUGGCAUGGGCUCUCACUCACGUCGCUCACCGCGGCGAUUGCAUUACCUUGCUCGCCGUCUUUUCCACGGAGAAAACCGGUAGAAGGUUCUGGAACUUUCCGAUUUUCGCUGGAGACUGUGGUGGCAGUCUGCGGGAAGAGUUGCCGGAUCGGAUUUAUCGGAUCUCCGAGUCUUGCUCUCAGAUGGCUCUUCAGUUUCACAGCCACAUUGAGGUUAGAGUGAGGAUUAAGGUGGCCUCAAGCUCAUCUGGCGGUGCUGUGGCAGCUGAAGCAAUGAGCAACGGGGUCAACUGGGUCGUUCUGGACAAAAAAUUGAAACAAGAGGUGAAGCAUUGCAUGGAAGAACUACGCUGCAACAUUGUAGUAAUGAAGGGUUCUCAACCGAAAGUCCUUAGGCUUAAUUUAGGAUGUACAGAUGAGCUCCAAACCCCCUUCUUUUCUGCUGCUGCUUCUUCACCGCCAAUAGACGAUGAGAAGUUGCAAGGCCAAAGGAUGAUACAUUCUACUCCGCUGAUCAGCAGCCCUGAAGAACCACGUGCUUCCUACACAAGAACCACAAGGGAAGGUUCAAUAUCGAGUUUUGAGACAACGAGUUCUCUUUUCCUUGUUUAUGGACAAAAUCCUCUCUUUGAAGGACCACAAAAUGGAACUCCCAAGCCAACUGAUGAGCAGAGAGUCUUGAAUGACCCCCUGUCAGCGCAUGAAUUGGACGGACAAAGGCUUACCACUCUAUCAAAUUCGCCAACAUCAUGUGUAGCUAGAAAUCAGAAGAGCGGAAUCGGGAUUGCCUGGAACCACUUUGUUGAUAAUAAGUCCCUCAUACCUCGAAACUGUGGAAAUACUUCCAAAACUCUAAGUGAUAGGUUUGUCAACUGUGAUCAAGAUAUGGGGGCUAAUAGAGUUAGGAUCGACCAAACCAAUCAAAGAGACUACACCAUUAACCCAAGCAUCAGGGAUGCUGUUUCCUUAGGUAGAAAUUCCUCAACACCUCCUCCUUUGUGCUCACUAUGUCAACAGAAAUCACCAGUUUUUGGAAAACCACCAAGACAGUUCUCUUACAAAGAGCUAGAAGAAGCUACAGACAGGUUCUCAGACAUGACUUUCCUGGCAGAAUGUGGCUUCAGCGUAGUUCACAGGGGUGUGUUGAGAGAUGGUCAGGCUGUUGCAGUAAAGCGGUUAAAGUUUGGUGGCUCUAUAUCAGAUGCUGAUUUCUGCAGGGAAGUGCGGGUAUUGAGCUGUGCACAACACAGGAAUAUUGUGUUGCUGAUUGGGUUUUGUAUUGAGGCAAAGAAGAGGAUAUUGGUUUAUGAGUACAUAUGCAACGGAUCCUUGGACUUCCACUUACAUGGAAACAACAUAACCCCUCUAGAUUGGCACUCACGGCUAAGGAUAGCAAUAGGAGCAGCACGAGGCUUAAGAUAUCUUCACGAGGACUGCAGAGUGGGUUGUAUAGCACAUGAAGACCUGCGAACAAACAAUAUCCUCCUAACUCACGAAUUUGAGCCGCUGGUUGCUGAUUUUGGACUUGCUAGGUGGCAUUCUGAAUGGGAUAUCUGUACUGAGGAUCAAGUCAUUGGAACUUCAGGGUACCUUGCACCAGAGUACAUGGAUGGUGGAGAAAUUACACAUAGAGUUGAUGUGUAUGCAUUUGGUGUGAUAUUGCUACAGCUAAUCACAGGUAAAAGAAUUGAUGAGCUGCAGUAUAUCAACGGAAAGCAGUUUCUCUCUGAAUGGUUCCACCCUCUGGCUGCAUUAGAACCAAGCCAUAUCAUAGCAAAUAUCUAUCAAUUACAUGAUCCAUGCUUGGCCUGUGAUCAAUCCCUUGACAUCCCUCAUCAACUAGAGGCAAUGGGCCGUGCUGCUUCCUUGUGUCUACGCCGAGACCCUGAAUCCAGACCACCAAUGUCAAAGGUCCUAAGAGUGCUAGAAGGAGGAGAUCCGGUUGUUCCUCUGGGUAUAGACUUGAACACAGUUGGCAGCAGAAGCGGCCAUUUGGGUGGUCUCAGCUCAUUCAGACAACCUGAAGUGAGGAGAAACCAUUCUCGUAAGCUCUCACACUGAAAAACUGAAAUGCCAUUUGGAUCAGAGGAGUUAUUGCAUGUAUAGUUCUAUAGACUUUAUUCACUUCAAUUUAUGGAUCACAUUUUUUCUGACUGCUGCAAAA